AUGUCUGCUCCACUCGCUACAACCAGCACACCGGUUUUAGCGAGCCCACGACAACAGAGACCUUUCUCGUUUGCUGCGAGUGCAUCCUCCUCAUCAAGCCUUGCUAGUCGACGACGCAACAACAAGAACUUGUCUCUAUGUCUUUCUUCUUCAUCAAACCCUCUCCUAACUGCACCAGCCACUCCUCACAAAAUGGAAUUCGAAACAUCACAUUACGAUCCUUAUCAACAUGGCCCCUCACGCAUCUUACCACAACUUUAUCUCGGGGCAGAAAGGAACACGCUUGAUUUGGAAAUGUUACGACAGCUUUCUGUACAAUGCAUGUUAAAUGUUGCUGAGGAAGUGGUUCAUCCUCAGGAGCAGCAAUUCACAACAUUUGAAGAGAUAUUGGAUCGACCACCUUUACCAUCACCUUCACUUUCUCGCACAUCCACUGCCAGCAGCAUUGCAUCUAGUCUUCAUACCAUUGCCACCAAUGUAUUCGACAUGUCUCCUUCCUCACCACGAUUUUUCUUUGAUAACAACAACAAUAACAGUACCACCAGCCCCACACGAUUCCAUCAACAACAAUCCUUUGUGUACAAAAAAAUACCCUGGAAACAUAAUCAGGAUAACCUCGUACAUGAGCUUGAUGCGGCUAUUGCAGCCAUUGAUCAGGCACGUGAUGCUGGUUAUACCAUCCUGGUCCAUUGUCAAUGUGGUGUAGCACGUUCUGCCACUGUGGUCAUUGCGUAUAUCAUGAAGCGAUUACAACUACCGAUGCAAGAGGCUUACGAUUAUGUCAAGGUGCGGGCACCUGGCAUCAACCCCAAUCUCAGUCUUUUGUAUCAGUUGCACGAAUACGAAAAGAAACUUCAACAACCACCUUCCACCCCACAUUCAACAGCCAACUUCAUCCACCACCAUCAUCACCAUGAUUCAAAUAACAGCAACAACAACAAUCACGCUACUCCAGCAUCACCUAAAAAGAUGUUUCAUUUUCGCAAAUCAUCUCUGAGCCUCUCAUGGAAACGUCGCAUGUCCAAAACAAGCAAAAUGCUUUCUCCUCCCGGCAAAGAGGAAAUGCCUGCAACUCCCGGAUUGACUCGUUGUUGA